GUCAAAGUCAAAUAUUUGUCCUUUAAAAUUUUUUUAAAUUUGGGGCCCCAAGGUUUCAAAGAGAUUUCAUUUAAUUUUGCUUGUAAGUGCGGGUAAAUUUCGUUGAGGAAAAUGCAAUCGCAAGUUUUGAACGUGAUGGCGAAUUCUCUAAAGCCUUCAACCUUGAGAUUACACCGCAAUGUAGCCUCAGGUCUUUUCCACCACCGAAUGUACUCCGCAUCAGGCGAAGCCGACAUAGUCGUUAUAGGUUCAGGUCCUGGUGGGUACGUGGCUUCAAUAAAAGCAGCUCAGUUAGGCAUGAAAACUGUAUGCAUAGAAAAAGCAGCCACCUUAGGAGGAACCUGUUUAAACGUCGGUUGUAUCCCUUCAAAAGCCUUGCUUAACAAUUCACAUUACUAUCACAUGGCUCAUUCGGGUGAUUUGGCUAAAAGGGGCAUCGAAAGCGACAAUAUUCGUUUGAAUUUAGAAUCACUUAUGGGCCAAAAAAGCACCGCAGUUAAAGCCUUAACCGGAGGAAUUGCGCAACUUUUCAAAAAAAACAAAGUCGAUUUGAUUACAGGCCAUGGAAAAAUCACAGGCGUUAAUCAAGUGACUGCUAUUAAACCUGAUGGUACAACUGAAGUUGUAAACACAAAAAACAUUUUAAUCGCAACCGGUUCAGAAGUCACUCCAUUCCCUGGCAUUGAAAUUGAUGAAGAACAAAUAGUUUCUUCAACAGGUGCUUUGUCUUUGCGUGAAGUACCAAAAAGAUUAAUUGUUAUUGGAGCAGGAGUGAUUGGGGUAGAAUUGGGCUCAGUAUGGUCCAGAUUGGGUUCAGAAGUAACUGCAAUUGAGUUUAUGCCUACAAUUGGAGGUGUAGGUAUUGACCAAGAAGUUUCAAAAUCUUUCCAAAAAAUUUUAGUCAAACAAGGCUUGAAGUUUAAAUUAGGCACCAAGGUGACAGGUGCUUCAAAAUCUGGAGGCGUCAUUAAAGUUAAUGUGCAAGAUGUUAAAGACAGCAGCAAAACUGAAGAGAUGGAGUGCGACGUUUUGCUUGUUUGUGUAGGCAGAAGGCCUUACACUGAAAACCUAGGCCUAGAAGAGAUGGGCAUUGAAAAAGACCAAAAAGGCAGAGUACCAGUUAAUUCAGUAUUUCAAACUGUUAUUCCAAAUAUUUACGCUAUUGGGGAUUGUAUUCAUGGGCCUAUGUUAGCACACAAAGCAGAAGAUGAAGGUAUUAUUUGUGUCGAAGGUAUUUUAGGAGGAGCAGUUCAUAUUGAUUACAACUGCGUGCCUUCAGUUAUUUAUACUCAUCCCGAAGUUGGUUGGGUUGGUAAAAGUGAAGAAGAUCUUAAAAGUGAAGGCAUCGAUUAUAAAAUAGGCAAAUUUCCGUUUUUGGCCAACUCUAGAGCAAAGACAAACAAUGACACUGAUGGAUUUGUUAAGGUGCUUUCUGAUAGGGCUACAGACAGGAUUUUGGGGACUCACAUUAUCGGUCCUGGCGCUGGGGAGUUGAUUAAUGAAGCAGUAUUGGCACAAGAAUAUGGUGCUUCAGCUGAGGAUGUUGCUAGAGUAUGUCACGCGCAUCCGACCUGCGCGGAAGCUCUUAGAGAAGCUAACUUGAUGGCUUAUUCGGGAAAACCUAUUAACUUUUAAUUGAGCAAUAACUAAAAAGAGUAUUGAAUAAAGUGUGGAGCUAGAGAAAUAUUGGAGUGAUUUCUCUAGGCUUUGGAACUUUUGAGAUGCUUUUGUAAGCUUAAAUAUCGUUUUUUUUUUUGUUAUCUUUGUAAAUAAGUCUCCUUUUUUUUUUUGUUUGUUGUACUUUAAGUAGGUAAUCACGUCAUUUUUCAUUUUACAAUAUGGUAUUCGAAAUAUGGAUCUUACAUGGUUUUAAAUAUAAAAUUAAUUUAUUAUGAUGAA